CGGCAUACCGUAACUGUGUACAGAGAUUGUCGAAAGUGCCGUGUUCCUUGACGACUCGCGUUCUCCCUUUUUUUCUAUUGCCCACCGUCGCACAGAAAUGGGAAGGUAUGUAAGGCUACUUAGGCUGGCUUGUAAGUGGAGUUACUGUCCAUCAUCUGCGAAGACCGUGUGUCAAAAUAUUUUUACUCUGAUAGUACUAUCGACUGCGAUUACAGUGUUUGCACUAGGAUCGGAUUGUAGCGGAGAUCCUUGCAUGUAUGGGAUCUGUUUGGACAACGAAAACAGCACUUAUUCUUGUUACUGCAUCGAUGGUUACACGGGGAUCAAUUGCGAAAUUAAUUGGGACGAAUGUUGGUCAGAUCCUUGUCUUAAUGGCGGCACAUGCAACGACGGCGUUGCCGCAUAUAAUUGUACUUGCCCCGAUGGUUUCAUAGGUGUGAAUUGUGAGCAAAGAUACAGCGAGUGUUCGAAUCAUCCGUGCCUCAACAAUGGUACCUGCGUCGAUUAUGACGGCGUUACCUGCCAAUGCCUCGAUGGAUAUUCAGGAGAAUAUUGCGAAAUUGACGCCUCGGUCUGCAACGAGACAAUGUGCAAAAAUUCCGGCGAAUGCAUCGAAGGACCCGGUUUCUCAUUCUACUGUCGUUGUCGCGAAGGAUGGACUGGUGUCCUCUGCGAAAUGGAUAUCGACGAAUGUUUGGAAUCGCCAUGUCGAAACGGUGGUCUCUGCAUCAAUAUUCCAUCUUCCUAUACUUGCGCUUGUUUAUUCGGUUUUACUGGCAAGGACUGUGACAAGGCAAUCGUGCCUUGCAAGGAGAACCCUUGCCAAAAUGGAGCGGUGUGUCUGCUGGAAGACGACCGUCAAGUUUGUUACUGUGUGCCCGAUUAUCACGGUGCAUUUUGUGAGCUAAAAUAUGACGACUGCGAAUCGAAAUUCGCGCAAUGUGAUAACGGAGGUACCUGUAUCGACGGUAUCAACAGUUUCACUUGUUCGUGUCCACCGAAUUAUGGUGGUUCCAUGUGCGAGUAUAGUUUUCCUUCGACGACCACUCUAGAAAUGGAAGAUACAUCUGAACGAGAAACGAGUCUAGUUAGAACUACAACUGCCAUAGUUUCGCCUGAAGAGUCAACUUUGUUAAUAGACACAACUGUAUCUUUAUCAUCCACAUCGGCUAUCAGCUUUGCCACUUACUCGACGUCCCCGAGAACAAGUGGUUCUCCUUACACGAAGAGAUAUACGACUAUGGAGAAGACUACGACGUCGAGAUACGAAGGCGAGGGUUCUAGUAGUAGCAGUGAUAGCGAUGUUUUUCUUACUAAAGUUCCAUCAACGAGUUCGACUCGAGAUGAUCUCGUUACGUCGGCGCCUGUAACGAUGUCGACGUCCAUUCUUACUGAAAGUUACUUCCAUAAGACUGAAACAGAAGGUACUGAAGUUUACUUGCCAACCGGGAGAUCGAUCCACGACGGCGAAGUUACUAAAGAGUCUGGUGACUAUGAUCAGACAACAAAGACACAUCCCCCGAUUUCUAGUAGAGUGGACGAAAAUAUAACGGAGUACACAACAACAAGUUCUAGUUAUCGACCUACAACGGAUACAAGUAAAGGCCAAAAGGAUGAUAGGACUAGUACUAUUACGGAUCAUGCUACCGAUGCUAUAACACUUUCUAUUGACACGACAUUUCGGUACACGACGGAUUCUAUACAAAACAGAACGUUCGAUCUUGGAACUACGAUCAUGGAUAUGCCAAGAACCGUUCUUCCUUUAACGACUCCAUCGACACUGCCGCCAGUCUUAUCUUCGACUAUGAGAUUUGACACUUCCACGAUACCUUCCUCGUUAACAUCUACUAGCGCAUCCUUAAGCCAAACUACUGUGACUGGUGUCGAAGUAAAUACUACAGAAAUCGGUGCUUGUCGCGGAAAUCAGUGUUCCACGAGUACUACCGCGUUAACUCCGCGAAAUGUUACUGAAUAUACCGAGGGUUGCAAGACAGAUUCUACUAUCACGCAAGCGGCCUUUAAUGGCAAAUCUUUCGUCAGACAACGCGUCGAAGUAAUAAUCACUGAUACUAAAAGUGCGACGCUCCGCAUUUACGUUAAACUUAGGACGGCAUUUAAAAACGGAAUUAUAUUGCACGUCUACUUCGAUAACGAGAGAUAUUCUUUAGUGUAUUUGGAACUUGGAUCGUUGAAGUUUCAGUUUUCUUGCGGCUUAGAAACUAUGUUACUCGGUGAAAUUGAUGCUAUUAUCGAUAACGGAUAUGAAGUAAGCAUCGAUAUGAGCUUUCAAUAUGUUGCCAAUGAUGAAAACGAAAAGUGUUUCGCCAAAUUGCUAGUCAACGGCACUAUGGCCGUGACCGGCGAACAAAUACUGCCACAGCGGGGAUUGGUCCCAAAAUAUGCUAAUUUAUACAUAGGAGGCAUUCCACUAACGUUCUCGCAUUAUUUCCCUCAUGUAGCUAUGGGGUUCAUCGGUUGCAUGGAUUCCCUGAAGGUGAACGGCAUUACGCGACAUUUUAUUCACGAUUCCUUAGAAACGUUUCAAAUCGAAGAAUGCACAUCAUUUUUGUGUUUAUCGAAUCCAUGUCAGAAUUUCGGCGCGUGUGAAGAGAGCGAGGGAAGAAUUCGUUGCAAAUGUAUAGCGGGGUAUACUGGACCUUUGUGUGAACAUUCGGCAUGCAACGACAAUCCUUGCUCAAUGGGUGCGACGUGCGUAAGCUCUCCGGGAACUGGUUUCAUUUGCGUUUGUCCGCUCGGUAGUCGUGGGCUUUUCUGCGAAGAAGAUGCCGUCCUAGUGCGGCCGGCAUUCUCGGUCCUCGUCCCCGGUUUCGCGUCAUACAUUGCUUACGGCGUGCCUACUUCGAUAAAGGACACAAUGGAGCUGAAGCUGCGACUCAUCCCGCGCACGUUUGAUCAAAUCUCUCUGAUAGCGUACCUCGGCCAGAGAAGUUCGCGCCGUGAUGUCUUGGAUCAUCUUUCGAUAACAUUUGUGCGCGGCUACAUUAUGCUUACGUGGGAUUUGGGCUCUGGAGUGCGAAGAAUUUUCACUAGCGAUUCGUUGACCUCUUUGAGUGUGGCUGGAUCAGCUGGUAAAAGUAAAACAUAUACGGUUCGGAUCGGAAGGAGAGGCAAGGAAGCGUGGCUCGCUGUAGAGGGUCUCAAAAACGUGACUGGUCAAGCAGUAGGAUCUAUGACUCAACUCGAUGUAUCGCCUGUUCUCUAUAUUGGUGGUUACAAGUCUAAAAAUUUCGAAACGUUGCCCCACGACCUACCUCUCCAUACCGGCUUUUCCGGAUGUAUAUUUGACGUCGAAUUGCGUACAGACACGACGAUUCUUCCGCUGACCGGUUCUAGUCCUGCCACAGGUCGUGGUGUAGGCGAAUGCAAUCGUAAUGAAUGCAUUCGCCAUUCGUGCAAGAACGGUGCGGUAUGUUUACAUCACGGAGCAUCGUACAGUUGUAUUUGUACAAAGGAAUGGGUCGGACCUGAUUGUUCCAUUCCUAUUUAAUUCCUGAAACGAUCUUCUGAUGCGCGCAGAGGAUUUCUCCCAGUUCGUAUUAAUUAGCGCGAAGGGAGUCAUCGGUCAGCAUCAAUGUUAUCAUGUUAUGUUACAGUGAACACAUUGUUCUUUUAUUUUAUACAAAUUUUAUAUCUAUUGAUGUAGUGAUUAAUAAUUUAUCUAAAUAAGAUUAGCUUACAUUAGGAGCGUCAUUUUUGGGUCGGGAAGUGGCAGAAUGAGAGUUCAAAUAUACGAAUAACAUCGCCGCUGAUAGACGAGCCUGUAAAUCUUGUUUACUGUACUCGUGAUGCCAUUCCACAUUGCCCCAGUGAGAGAUCUACCCAUAGAGAAAUAUAGAAAGGAUAAUAUAUAUUAUAUAAUAAAAACAUUAUAAACAUAUGUAAUAAUAACAGAUAAUGGAGAGCAGAGGAGAUUUGGACAUUUUUCAUAAAUCAAACCAAGAAGGUAAUAUAUACCUGAUAUUCUUCUUCUAGGCGUGAAAGAUUUACAGCUUCUGAGAUAUUAAUUAUUCUUGCAACUGUGGCAAGAGUUAGAAUAACAGAUUUCAAUCCAUCCACUGCAUAUACAAGACCUACAGAGGGGAACCAAUUAAUAUAUAAAUGCAGAAUGCUUACACACAAAAUUGCAUUAUUACCAUAAAUGCUAUUGAAAUUAUGUGACAACAACUGUCUCGUUAAUGCAGCUUUAGUUUCGAUAGGUACUGUAGGCAUCUGUAUACUCUGAGUACUUGCUAUAUCUACAUCGUAAUGUUCGCAAAACCAAUGUACUAUAGGUUCCCAUUUUUCAACUUGUAAUCGAUACAAUUCAUCCACCUCCUAAAAUUACAAAAAUUGUUAUAAUCGAGAUCUUGUCGCAUUAAAUAUAAUAUUCUAUAUUUUCUUUAUAUUAUAAAAAUGAUAUUAAAAAUUUUAGAAAUUUGUAUAAAUACUUUCUUACACUCGAAUAAAACAAAAUUGUAUCCAUUUCUAAACAGUUCACUAUAUGAUUGACCAGAUCUAUCUUGGAGUGAUUGUGUGGAUUGUCCAAUACAGUGUUGCAUAAGGAUGUCUAUAACAAAAAAUCAGAAAAAUGUUAGCAUAUGUUUACAUAUACUUAAAAUAAACAUAGGGUGCUUAAUAUUGACAAUCAACAAGGGCAAAAUAAUUCACUGUGUCAAUUGUGUACGUAGCUGAAAAGCACCCAUAGAGUAUCAUAUGAACUUGGUAAUGCCAAGCAACUGAAUUAGUAAUGCCAAGUAUUUGUAACUUUAUUCAAAAUAAUUACAUUACUUAAUUAUAACAAUGUUAUGAUACUAAACAUGAUAAUGUAAAGUUGUAUGUAAAGUGAUUAAACAAUUACUCGUA